AUGAUCCGCGAGCAGUACAAGUCGAGAGCUUCUGGUGGCCUCUCCCUUAGCAGCUCGUCGGCGUAUCCUGGAUCUGCGCUUCCUCGCCCGUCUAUGCCAACCGGGGGAUCGAGCAAUGGCUUCGGAACAGAGGCGAGUCGACGCAAAAAGCAGCAGAAGGACGCCGCGCACUGGGCCAAGGUGGCGGAUAUGUUGGACACCAACAACUCAGGAACUCUUUCCUUCCUCGAGUUGGCCCGGGGCCUGCGCUGGACCGGCCAAAGCCCACGCCCAACCGAGGUCCAGGGCUUUGACGAGGUCCUCGGCCACCGCGAGGCCUUGCUGCGCGCCUGUCGGGCUUUAGAUGCCGAUGGCUGUGGACGGCUGCCAGCAGAGGUUUUCGCUUCGCUCUUGGCUGCCACAGCGCCUUUGGCGCCGGCACCGGAGGGCACCGGUGCGGUGGCCUAUGCCGAGAUCUUGUCCAGCUUCGAAGUCGUCCUGGACCCGGAUCUGGUGAAGGCGGCGGCGCGCGGCUGA